UGUCUCUGUGGCUAAUAAAAAACCUUUUGAGCGCAACCGAAAAAAUCAAUAACUAAAACAGUGAUGUAUUCAUUUGUCUUUUUAAAAUGAGAACGUGACAAAACAUUUCCUUUAAUUCAUCGAAGAAACUAUUUUAUUUAAAAAAAAUAUAUCUGUUGAAGCUUGAUGCUCAUUUUUUAAAUUUAUUUACAUAGUGAUGAAUUUUCUCAUAGUUACGGCGUGGUAGAACAUUCUGCGUGUUUGAAUAUCGCCCUUUCCGCUAAAUAUAACUGUUAAAGAUUAUUGUUGGUUGAAGUAAAAAAUAUACAUUAUACAACACUGUAAUUAUUAAGUCAAAAUGGAAGAAAUGAAUGGUGAGCUUUAUGGGGAUGGACUUGUUAGUCUUGGUGAUGAGGGGUCUUUAGAGUCUACUGAUAGUGGGAAACAAGAGCAGAAUUGUAAAAUUUGCGACAAUAAAUUGUGCAGUCCUCGUGUAUUAUCAUGUCUUCAUGUAUUCUGUGAAGCAUGUAUUGACAAACUGAUGGUGAAUGAAGCUGGGGAUUCGCUUAAAUUUGAUGUGGCUGUUGAAUGCCCCCUGUGCAAACAAGAAACUAAGAUGCCUGUAGGAGGAGCGGUAUCACUUCCAUCAGACUAUGUCCUUACGAAUAUCUUGGAUGUUUCCACCAUGGACCAGUCGGUUGUUUGUACUUGCUGCAAAAGCAAGGAACCUGCUGUUGCUAGAUGUACGGAUUGUUCUCAUUUCCUAUGCGCUAACUGCAAUUCCGCGCAUGAGUUCAUGAGGUGUUUUGAAAAUCAUCGUGUUGUGCCAUUCGAUGCUCUCAGGUCAUCCAAAGAAAAAGCUGCAGUGCACAAGCCAAUAUUCUGCACUCGUCAUGUUGGCGAGUGUCUCAAGUUUUAUUGCUGCGAGUGUGAGGUGGGCGCUUGCUCGGAAUGUUUGGCUGUCGAUCAUAAAGUUGGAGAGCACCACUGUGAGCGGAUUGUCAACGCGGAACCCAAUUUACGCGCGGAGCUGCGUACUUUUAUUGUUGAAGCUAACGCUCGGGCUGUCGCCGCUGGAUGCGCAUCGGUAAAACUUGAUGACGCUCUGGGUGAUUUGCAGCGACAGAGAGAUGAUGCUGAAAGCGUCAUCAACGAGGCUUUUCACGCUUACAAAGCAGCUUUAGAGAGGUGUCGUGAAAAGGCUCUGGCGGAGUUAGAAAGAUUACAUAAGGAAAGAGAACUGAAGGUAAUGGAUCUCUUCGAUCGCGUUGAUAAAACUGUGCAACGUAUUGAUUGUGCUUGUAAAUUUGCCGCCAGACUUCUCAGAAGGGGGGAUGGCACCGAAAUUGUCAUGUUAAAGAAAACCGUUGCUUCUCAGUUUGCACGGCUAUUAGAAGGAGCUCCCGAAUUCGACGUGGAUUAUUCAUUGGAAUUUGUUACCAAAACGGAAAAAUUUGAUUCGGUAACGGAGGAAACGUUUGGUACAUUCCGCACUGAAGCAACUAUAGCCGAAGAAAGAAAACGAGCGAGUGAAUCCUCGGCCAUAGUCUCCGUGACUUCGAAUUCUCAUUCACCCGCCAUAUCGGUAACAAAUGCACCAGUUUUCGAUGACUAUCCACUGGGUAAUGUUCGCCGGGUCACGGGCGUAUCGGUCGGCAGCUUAGUGGGGGUUCCCGGCGUCGGGGGAGUGCCCGGAAUGGGAGUGCCAGGAGUCGGCGCAGUGCCGGGCGUGGGCGCCGUUCCGAACCCCGGUGUCCUUCCGGGAGUCGUCAACGUUAACAGCGUCGGAGCUGUCAGCGGGGUGGGUGGGGUGCCCGCUCUGCCAUCGAUGGUGGAAUACAACCUGCAACAACUGGCAAGCAUCGCCGAGAAGGAAGUUCCACCACCGCCUCACGCGUCACCGGCUCCACCGUUUACUCUCGCCGAAUUACUCGCUGGAGAUCUAAACUCUCCUCAAGCUUAUAACAACUUACAAGCGCUCGCAAAGCUCGGAUUGAAUGCUGAUGUAAAUGGAUUUGGCGGAGUCGGAGGCGUCGGCGGUAUCGGCGGCGUCGGACCGCGGGGCGUGUCUCCGGGCAGGCCGCUGUUGACGCCCGCAGAGGAGGCCGCUCUGGUCGCUCCGCCGGCACCGCUCGUGCGCGCCAACAAGGCUACCCCGAUGCAUAUUAGAUUCAAGUUUGGUCAGUUAGGCGGAGGAAAGGGCCAGUUCAAUUCGCCUCAUGGAUUCUGUCUCGGGAACGAUGAAGACAUCAUCGUAGCCGAUACAAACAAUCACCGCAUAACGGUAUUCGACAAGUCGGGUAACCACAAGUUCAACUUUGGGGUGGCGGGCAAGGAGGAGGGUCAACUCUGGUAUCCCCGUAAAGUUGCGGUCGUGCGCGCCACAGGGAAGUUCGUCGUUUGCGAUCGCGGGAACGAGAGAUCGCGCAUGCAAAUUUUUACCAAAAACGGACAUUUCUUGAAGAAAAUCGCCGUACGCUUCAUCGACAUAGUCGCUGGUCUAGCAGUCACCGCUGAAGGUCUCAUUGUGGCUGUAGACAGUGUGACACCAACAGUCUUCAUCCUGUCCGAAGAAGGCGAUCUCAUGAGCUGGUUCGAUUGCAGUGAGUGCAUGAGAGAGCCGUCAGAUAUCGCUAUCAGUGGCAAGGAAUUCUACGUGUGCGACUUCAAGGGGCACUGUGUGGUCGUGUUCGACGACGAAGGCCGGUUUCUGCGUCGCAUCGGCUGUGAGAAUGUGACCAACUUCCCCAACGGUAUCGACGUGUCUGACGCCGGCGACGUGCUGAUCGGCGACUCGCACGGCAACAAGUUCCAUGUGGCCGUGUUCUCGCGCGACGGCGUCCUCGUCACCGAGUUCGAGUGCCCAUAUGUGAAGGUAUCGCGCUGCUGCGGCCUGAAGAUAACGUCGGAAGGCUACAUCGUGACGCUCGCUAAGAAUAAUCACCACGUUCUAGUCCUCAACACCCUUUACAUUGUCUGAGGAAUAACUCAAUGGCUGUAAGUCUGCAUACUACAAGAUCUCACAUUUAUUCCCUAUAUUAUUAUAUUUAAUUGCUGAUUUUACAAAGCUUAACAUUUUUGCUAAAACAGUAUUUGAUUACUUACUUUUUUGUUGUUUUGUGUUUUUCACGAUAGUCACAUUUUAUCCGUUUGCUACGGUGAUCCCAAUUUUUCUAUUUCAUUGUCUUCUUUAUGUUGUGAAAUUUUUAAUUGAAGAUUAAUUGGCGUCACUGCUAGUAGAUAGAUGUAAUGCCCAAAGUACUAGAUACUUUCGAUUUUAUUCAUCUCACUUUUUUUUUAUUAUGGUUGCAUUUAGUUGUAAAAACAGACAAUCCAAAGUUUAGGCUAAUAUCUCUUUGUUUACAUAUGUUAUUGUCCAGUCAAUAUGCACGUUAAGAGAGGGUUACGAUAACAGUUUGAUUGUAGGGUUUUCAUAUUUAGGAUAUUCGCUUUAAUAAUAAUGUUGACUAUAUUGUUUUUAUAUAUUUUGAUUGAAUACCUAUAUACGCACCACCGCUCGUUAAAUAAUACAUUAAUUUUAGGGCAAGAACAAAAAGCUUAGUUUAGUGUGGGCUUUAGAGCUCACAAGGUGGCAAGCGCUCUAACUCACUGCCAAAUAUGAUUAGUCUAUGAUCAAACGAAAGCAUAUUUGCACUUCCUAACCGUUGACUGGAAUUACGAUUUUGUUUCUAAAUUUAGCAGCUGGUAUGGUUCCUAGUUCAGGUGAAGUUUAAUAAUACAUGUCAAUUAGGGGUCUGCGUGGGUGUGUCGCCUCGUUAGUACAUGCGUUGCUCCGUAUUAACUAUCCGAUUGUAUACGUUUGCCUCCAGAGCAUACUUUUGGCAUUUUAAUGUUCUCUGCGAGCGAAUAUUCGGAAAAAGUCACGCCUAAACGCACAAUUGAGUUUGUUGUUAGCAAAAUUUUGUUUUUAUUAUGACCAAAGGAGGCGACACUGUAAUAACGUGCCAUCUAGUUUAGGUUAAUCGCGUAUACAAUAUUAUAUAUUGUCCGUUAAAAUAUAUUUACCAUUUACAGAUUUCUUGUGUCUAUACAAAACGUUUUUUCAUGUACUCUUGUUUUAGGAGCCUAUAUUUGAAAUUUUUUUCAUAACUAGGCUAUUAUAAUAUUGAUAUAUACGGUUUGGUUAAUUUAAAUUUAUCUUAUGCUAAUUAUAUUGGAAGGCCACUGUUACUAAACAAAAGAAAAUAACUGUACUGAUAAUAAUUAAAAAGAAAUACGAAAGGAAACUGUUUAUGUGGCAUCUUCGUGCAUAUACAUUUCUAAGAGAAUUGGAAUUUUUAAAUAUUAUAAUAGAAUAGUUAACGGUAUUAACGGGUACACGUCACAAAACAGUAACAAUGUUUCAAUGUGCCGUAUUUUUUCGUCGAAUUACAAUAUAUUAUACUAGCAAUAUAAUAUAUCCAUGAAUGUGCCAUUAUAAACAAAUUUUAUUUCUACAAAUUGAUAUGUUUGAAAUUCGUAUACAGUUCGCCAAAGUAUAUAUUUUUAUAGCUACCCACAUUUAAUAUUCCAAAUUGAGAUUCAUAAAAUGUUUAGGUAGUAGAACAAAAAAAAAUGUUAAAAUUGUGGUUAGUAGAAUAAAAUUAUUAAAAACAAAAUUUUCAUGUAAUAAAUAUUUCUUGGUUUUAUCUUAUUUAGAUGUUUGAUGUAUAUUGGAUAAUUAUUAAUACUGAUAAUGGUAUGGUGAAAUAUGUAUUGCAAAUCCUAACGAUAAACGAGAAAUAUUUUACGAUUUUACAAUUCCAUCGAGGCUUUCGUCUUCCAAAGAGUAGUAUUUUGCAUUUUUAUUUGUUAACGAAAUUUUACCUAUGACAUAACGAAAGUCUUCGUACCCGUAGCUAUUCGUUAUUAGAUUUGCAAUAUGUUGUAAUGAAGAAGUACUUAACCAGACCACCUAAAACAUUUUAAAGUGUGAUAUUUUGUUUACAAUUUAUUUGAAGCGCUCUCUAGAUUUUCGCAUGUCAGUAAAAUUAAAAGACAAAAGAAUAGUUUACAUGAAAUAUGUAGGUAAAUUUUUUAACAAUAUUAAGUUCCUGAAUUAUAAUGUAUUAUAAAAUUAAUUAAGCUAUAAACAUUUGUUUUAGUUUGUAACGAAAUAUUUUUAACCUUUAACCAAAAUACAAGUGUAUUGCUGAGCCAUAUUAUUAUCAUUCAUGAAAAAUAUUAUAUUCUAGCAAUUCACUAGUAACUAAACGUGUAAUUUAAUGUAUGUACUUAAUUAGUAAUAUUGUUUUAUUUGUUGCGUAUUGGAACAGUUUUAAAAUACCUUAGCAACACUAAUGUGAUAUGAGCAAUAAUAGAGAGACAUAUACUACCCAAGGCGCAGCAGGCGUGAGCUGGUCUAAACCCAGUGAUAAGUUAAAUUUUUGACGUUGAGUCUUGAAUCCUCUAUUUAUUAGUGAGUAACUUUUGGGUUUAUUUUUCUUAUUGUUUUUAAGUUAUUGUUUCAGGAUUUUUGUCCCGAUAGUAUUAGGGAAUUUUAUUUUCUUUAUUUUUUUGAAUAGGUUAUAAAGAGUCAUUACCCUUCGCGGACGAUAGGUGUGAUUAAUACUCUGAUUUUAUCGAUUAACUGUUUUGUUUUAAUAUAAUAAUAUGUUUCGGGCCUAUAUUUAUAGUAUUUUUGGCCAGUGCGAUGGGCCUUUAGAUUACGAAUUUUUACUGCCAAAUUAUUUUCUUACGAUAUUUGUGCACAUGAUAAUUAUUUUAUUGUAUGAUAUGUGUAUAAUUAGUUCAUAAUUGUUGCCAAUUUUUUGUUUUAUUAAUUAAUUAUUCAGGGUUUUAAUAUUAUUAUAAUAUUCAAUUUUAAUUUGUUGUCCAUUGAUCAAAAUUAUAGUGUGUUAGUGACGUAAAAUUAACCGAAAUAUAACUUAAUGAGCCCCAAAGGGAGCGUUUGACGCUAUUAAUAAUAUUGCUUAGGGUUGCAUAAAAUUAUUAAAAGUGAUAAGUUUUGGAUAAUUUUACAAAUUAUACUAUUUUAUGUGUGUGAAUUUCAAUAAUAAUAAAUUUGAAGUUUUAAUAUAUAAUAUGUACGUGUAAUUUUUCAAACUAUUACUACAUCGGCACCACUAUAUGGCCGUAUGUGCGAAAGUAUUAUCAUUUGUAUAAUAUUAAUUUAUCCUCGAUCGUUUCGGUGAUAUAUCGUUGACAAUGUUUCCUUUUGUUCUUGCCAUGUAUCUUAUGUAGGUGUCGGCGUAGACGUUUUAUGUAGAAGUUAGUGUUUUCAAUAUACGGAGAGCAGUGUGCCGCGUUUGCCCUAGGAAUGGUGUCGGGUGUGGCUGGCGGCGGGCUCGAGGCUCGCGUCCCGGCUGUAUAUUCGUGCUGUAGCGAGUAAGCACUUAGUCAUGGGGUAAUGGCAGGUCAAAUGGUAUCUAUUGUCCAUUGACAUUACUUGAUAAUAAUUGUAUCAUUAGAGUACAUUACAGUAGCCUUUCUCGGGAAUCUUUAAAAGUUACCUAUAUACACUAUAAAGCAAUUUUUGGUAAAUAUAUUUCUCUUGAAUCUAUAUUCCCUUAUGUAUCCAGCAAUAAAUUACUUCAGUAGAUGUAGUUAUCGCAUUACGUGGCACUACAGAUCGCGCGUCGUCUGAACGGGAACGCCGAGUGCCAGGUAGUGAGAUAUUGUAGGGUUUGCAGCGCACAAGGUGAGCUCUAAUGUUACCCUCCCUAUUGGAGGUGGGCGUAUUGCCUAUGUUGUGGCACCAAGCACGGCUCGCUGGUUCUGGUGGAGUGGGCACCAAUCAGUACUGUAUUAUCACUAUCGGACCGCAAUAUGACUGUGGGUGGGGGUUUGCCGAGUUUCUUUUAUCUUUUAAUCUUCGGUCUGGUUAGGGCACAGUAAGCUGAUCACCUGCUUACCUACCGAGCAUAGGGAUCGAAAAAUUUGUAGAAAAUUAAUUUUUGCUCUGAGAAAAGGAAAUGCCAUUAAAGUUACAAGUAAUAGUCAUCAAGUUUUCACUGUACGAUAAGUUGUAUGUAGCGUGUUAAUGUGUAGAUAUCUUCACCCACCUCGACGCCACCAAUAAUUUGGUCUCUCCACUUCAAACCGACAAUUUAAGGUUGUGAGCUCUAUUCCGGUCGGAAUUCUAAGCCACAGAGUGCUUGUGCAAUAAAUAUCACAGUUUGGAUCUAGGCUUUUAAAUUAUUAUAGAUUAUAUACAUUGUUGAGCUGAUUAUAAAAAUUUAAUAUAUUAUUAUACCUUUUAAUAUUGUUAAAGAAUUCUAAUUGCAUUCCACAUUUAGAGUGAACGAAUUUGAGAAGACCAUUUUCAAUCUACAUUAUACAAGUUAUUUUUUUUACAAUUGUAGGAUUAUUAGCAGUUGCCAAUGUUUUUUCCUUUAGUCAGUAAAAGUACAAAUAUUUUAAUAUACAAUUCUUGGUAUUUACGUAUUGUAGUAUCUUAUUUUUUUAAUUCAUUUGAUUCUAUAACUAUAAGCAUAAUUUUUUUCACAUAAGCGGCCAUUUAAAUAUAUUCAUCACGCAAAUUAUUCAGUAAAUAACAAAACAUAUCAUAUUAAUCUGUGUCUCACAAUACGUCACAUGUAGACAGAAAUGUAAUAUUCGUUUGAAUGCUGUUUACACAUUUUCGAGUGCAUUAAUUUGGUGUAUUUUAGAUUAAGUUGUAGCGACCCAAACCAUUAGAGACAUGUCUUCAUACAAAGUUCUUGCACCAAUGCAUGCUAUCAUUAUUUUGCUUACAUUUGUCGUAAUGUGAGAUUGAGUUUUUUACUUACACAAAAUUUGCAAACUCUGUAUGUCCCUCGUGUUUAAGUAUAUGUUUAAAAUGGCUUUCGUUUUUAAAUUAGAUUUAAGUAUAUCCUAGGUUACACUUUUUAAGUUUCUUGUCAUUUUUACGUUAAUAACGAUUGAAAUUUAUUGUAAUUUGUGUUUGUGUGUUGAGGUGCAUGUCCCAAAUGCAUAUUUUAAUUUUGAUCCAAAGAUUUCUUUUAUUCAAUUAAAUUAUUUAUUGAUUUUAUUCAAUUUAAUUAGUGAUUUUUACUCUGAUAUAUGAAAAUGACAUUUGUGGAGUGUGCAUUGGUAUUUGAUAUUAGGAUUUAAAUAUUUUUUUCCAUAGUUGGUGCAGCCGAGCAAAUGUCUACUAUAUUCUCAUAAGAAUAUAUUGCUCAAUAAUUUUAUUCUGUUAAAGUAUUUUAAACUUAAGAGUUAGUCCACAUGGGGUGUACGUAUAAUGGUGGACUUCGGUGACACAAAUUAUAUCUAACAGACAAUACCCUCCGUAAACUUUGAAAAAAUUGUAAGCGUUAAAGAUUUAUUAGACGUAGUUGCCUUGUAUGCGGCUCGCCGAAAGGCUCGACCGCAGGGCCGGGCGCCGCGAGACCGCGCGGGGCGCCAGCGGCAUCACACAAGUCGGGCUCUGAACGCUUGUCUGGACUGCGCCACGCACGCACUGUACACUCCGCUCCGCUCCGUUCCUACCUUUUCUACCAGUAUUUCACUCGAUGCCGUGUUCGCGAAGCGAGCAGUCUCAGAUAAUGACUUCAGUACUUUGUGUGAUGGUGUUGACCGAUUAUAUUAGACUAUUUUGCCCCACAGUCAACGAAAAUAUUGUUAUCCAUACAGGAGUCUUUGCUGCAUUGUGCCUAGAUCUUAGAAGUUAAAAAUAUCGAGGUAGAGUUAAUCUCAAAUUUUGGCUCUUUGAAUAUUCCAUGAUAUUAUUUUGUUUUCAUGAAAAUGUAUUUACAUUAUUAUACAUUCAUACACUUAGUGAUUAUUGUAUACAUGAAUAUAUACAUUGCGUAGUUUGUAAAUUGAUUUUAUCGUAAAAUUAAGAUGCCCAACUAGUAUGUAUCUGUCCACCGCGUUCCGCAGGAAUUGAUCGCAUACAUUAGUCAUCAUUUUGCACCGUAUUUUCGUGUGGACAGACGUAGUUUGUUUUGACUAGUUGCACAUCUUAUUUUGACCAAAUUUGUCUGCCGCCGAUGUCGCUUGAGAAUUUGGACGGUUGAAUGCACUCGUCCUUUAUGGCGAGUACAAAUUUUCAAGUGACGUUUGCGGUGUCUAAUUAAUUAAGUUUAUUACGUAUCGUGAACUGUGGCCAGGAUAACAACAGCACAGAGCAGUGUAAUUCAGAGCCUGCCUAAAAUAUAUUUUUGUCAUGAUUUUAUUUAGGUAUAUACAUGUUAUUAUUCACAUAUUACAGUUUUCUCAAUAUUAGCUUGUAUUUUAAUUAAGAAAUAAUCAUAUUUAACAUUGCCAGGUGAUCAGCAACCUGCACUUUAAUAUUUUUGGAAACUAUUGAACUUAAAUUGUACUGACUUUAUAAAUAUAUUUACUUCAAUAAAGAUUUUCCAUGCCACUA